AUGCUCGACGGAUACAGCCCUAACGCAGCCGCCAAUUAUGUGGUCGCAAUUAUCAUAGGAAUUAUUGUGAUUUGUGGCACAGCCGUCAUUUUCCUUGUAAAGGCUGAGCGAGGCCCUGCAACAAGUCCGGGGCAGCACGCGGACCCCAAGAGCGAUUAUUCAGUUGGAAACGUGCAACGCCUUAGAAACCAGUUCCUGGAAGCCGUCGCACCCCCUACACCUUAUCGGCGCACAUCAAUCGACAUCCUGCGACGGCGUUACCAAGGCUGUGGCGGUGAAAGCAUGACCACCUGCCAGGCUGCGAGCAGUGACAUCGUCAUUAGCGCCAAGUCCAGCAGGGCUGCAAUCUCACCUCCGUCGCACAGCCCCCUUGACACCAUGGAGCUCGAUACAGGCACGGUAGCGAUACUUGACUGUGCCGGAGUCAACCGCAUCCUUAGCUGCGUGCCGCUAGAAGAGCUGGAGAACCACAGACUGGUGCGUGUACACACAUGUGCGACUCGAGACUUGAGACGGAUGUGGGAUUCCUAG